AUGAAGUGGCCGUCCUUCAUCCCGCGCAAUAAAUUCGACACGGGAGGCCACUACCGGUUCAGCACGGAUGCCGACGCCGAGAAAGCCGGCACGGUCGACAGCCCCGUGCCCUUCCUAACCUGGCGGUCCUUCUUCCUCGGCGCGUUCGUCUCUAUCGGAGGCAUCAUCUUCGGCUACGACACGGGCCAGAUCUCGGGGUUCCUGGAGAUGGACAAUUUCAAGCGCCGCUUCGGACAGCUGCAGAGCGAUGGGACCUGGAAGUUCAGCAAUGUGCGGUCUGGGCUGAUUGUUGCUAUGUUGUCGAUUGGCACGUUGCUGGGCGCCCUGAUGGCCGGCCCCCUGGCAGACCGCAUCGGCCGCAAAUGGUCCAUCGCGUUCUGGUGCGUGAUCCUGCAUGUCGGGCUCAUCAUCCAGAUCUCGUCGCCCGCGCCCAAGUGGUACCAGGUGAUGAUGGGGCGGUUCGUGACGGGGUUUGGGGUCGGGGCGUGCUCGCUGCUGGUGCCUAUGUAUCAGGGCGAGAGCGCGCCUCGACAGGUGCGCGGUGCGAUGGUGUGCUCGUACCAAUUGUUCGUCACGCUGGGCAUCUUCGUCGCGUACUGCAUCAACUUCGGCACGGAGAGCAUGGACAACUCGGGGUCGUGGCGCAUCCCGCUGGGCAUCACUUUCCUCUGGGGCCUCAUCCUCGGCAUCGGGAUCAUCUUCUUCCCGGAGAGCCCGCGGUACGACUUCCGGCACGGCCGCGUCGACCAGGCCAAGAAGACCAUGACGAAGCUGUACGGCGUGCCGGCGAACCACCGCGUGAUCAUCGACGAGCUGGCCGAGAUCAAGGAGCAGCUGGACGCCGAGAGCGCCGGCAAGGGCGGCUGGCACGGCUGGAUCGAGAUGUUCCAGGGCCCGCGCAUGCCGUACCGCAUCUUCCUGGGCGUGACCCUGCAGGCGCUGCAGCAGCUCACCGGCGCGAACUACUUCUUCUACUACGGCACGGUGGUGUUUAACGGCGCGGGGAUUAGCAACACGUAUGUGACGCAGAUGAUUCUGGGCGGCGUGAAUUUUGGGACCACGUUUGGCGGGUUGUAUGUGAUUGAGCAUUUUGGGCGCAGGAAGAGCUUGAUUACUGGGGGGAUUUGGAUGUUUGUGUGCUUUAUGGUGUUUGCGAGUGUGGGGCAUUUCUCGCUCGAUGUGCAGAAUCCGCCCAAUACGCCUGGCGCCGGGAAGGCGAUGGUCGUUUUUGCUUGUUUGUUCAUCACAGGUUUUGCCAUGACAUGGGGACCGAUGGUGUGGGCCAUCUGCGCUGAGCUCUAUCCCAGCCGCUAUCGCUCCCGAGCCAUGGCCAUGUCCACCGCCAGCAACUGGCUCUGGAACUUCCUAAUCGGCUUCUUCACCCCGUUCAUCACGGGCGACAUCGACUUUGCCUACGGGUACGUCUUUGCGGGCUGUCUGUUCGUCGCCGUGGGCGUGGUCUACUUCUGCGUGCUCGAAGGCCGCGGCAAGACCCUCGAGGAGAUGGACAUGAUGUACAUCAUGCGCGUGCCGCCGUGGAAGAGCAGCAAGUGGGUGCCGCCGCCGCCGGAGCACCAGGUCACCACGGCGCAGAUGCUGGACCGCCGCGCUGCCGAGGGCAUGCAGAACGAGGAGGACCGGAGUAAGCAGACUUCGGCUCUGGGGACGGGACAUGAGCAUGUGGAUGAGUCUGGGGCUGGGCCGUCGUCAUAA